UCUCUUACGCCUCCUGCAUUAGCAGGUGGGUUCUUUACCAGUAGCACCAUCCUGGGAAGCCCUACUUUUGUACUACACAUUUGCUUAUGGAACCCACCCCGGCCUAGGUACCAAAUGCCAGAUGAUGAACCACGCUACUGCUCCUGGGAAGCCCAACGUGGACUGGGGGUUGCUCGAGUUGUUACUGGCUUUAUCCACACGGCUGUGUUUAGCAGAGGGGAGCUUUGGAGAUGAUGUGGCUGAAACCCCUGCCCUUCUUUCCCGCAGGAAUCCUCACGGUAAACAGAGCGAAUGAGCUUCUGAGCACCUGCGUGCCGGGCAGCUUUCUGAUCCGGGUCAACGAGAAGGUCAAGGGCUACACCCUGUCCUACCAGUCCGAGGACGGCUGCAGACACUUCCUCAUAGAUGCCUCCUCGGACUCAUAUGGCUUCCUGGGCGUGGACCAGCAGCAGCACGCCAGCCUGGCCGAGCUGGUGGAGUACCACAAGGAGGAGCCCAUCACCUCCCUGGGGAAGGAGCUCCUACUCUACCCCUGCGGUCAGCAGCAAGAGCUGCCCGACUACCUGGAGCUGUUUGAGUGACAGGCCUGCAGCCAGCAGACCCCGCGGCUGUGGACACACGUGAGAAGCCACCGCAAGCCGACCCCGACCAAGUGAAAGGACCCUUGAGGUUCCCUAAAGAUCGCUGCAUGCAGGCUGGAGUUUCACGCCAGGAGAGAAUCCCCUCCUCCAUGUUGUACAUGCCCCAGCAGUAAAGGGAGAUGAACCCGCACUUCCACAGCUCCUAACAUGAAGGCUACGACACUCACGACGUGUGAAACAAACCAAGAAACUGGUACCUUGUAGGAAUUAAGUGCGAGCGAAAUCGCUUCGGUCAUGUCCGACUCUUUGCGACCCCAUGGGCUGUAGCCCGCCAGGCUCCUCUGUCCAUGGGAUUCU